CAUCGCCCGCAUCGCCCGCUCCGGUUUGGAACUACAUCGCCUUGAAUCUGCAACACUUUUCCCUGUGCGUCUUUUCGUGGCCCCUUUUCUCCCCCCCGCACAAAAAAAAGUCCCCCCUCUCCCCCCCAUCCCCCCACCAGGACCCGUGAACACUUUGAAGCUGUGCGGGAGUGGUCCGGGAACUUUUUUGUUUUGUUUUGUUUUUUUGUUUUGUUUUGUUUUGCCAUAAUGAGCAGGCAAACGGUCAACCUUGACACCUACAGCCUGUCGCUGCUCACAGCCAAAGAGGACAUUCUCAACCCCCGCUCCUCCACCAACUGGGCAUUAUUUACAUAUGAAGGGAUUACCAACAAGCUCAAACUGGCCGACUCAGGAGCGGGGGGUGUGGCAGAACUGGCAGAAAAGUUUCACAUCUCUAAACCUCAAUAUGGACUGUGCAAAGUGGGAGGAGUGGAUGGAGGAGCUCUUCGGAUUGCUUUGAUAAGCUGGGUCGGCCAAAAUGUGGAUGACUACAGGAAAAAUGAGUGUGCCAGCCACAUUACAGCCAUCAAACACUUCUUCAAGGAAGCACAUGCUUUCAUUAGUGCAGAAAAGCCAGAGGAUGUGACAGAGGACAGGAUAAGAGCUGAGCUGAGCAAGACUCAAACUCAGGCUCCCACACAGUGGGUGAGAAGGAGCUCCAGGUCUGCGGACAAGGAGGAACUUGUUGGUACAAACUACAGAAAAACCAAUGCUGCAAUGGAGAUGAGACUAAUUAACAGAGACUCCUUCUGGGCACGUGCAGAACGUGAAGAGGAAGCGCGCAAAGAUGAGGAAAAGAGAAGGGCAACAGAGGAGAGACGGCGCCUUGAAAGAGAGAGAGUUCUGAAGGAGCGAAGGGAUGCAGAGGAGAGAGACAGAAAAAUGAAUGAAAAACUUCAGAUGAUUGAGGAGCAAAGACAAAAACAACGAGCAGAAGAAGAAGAGCUACGCAAGAAGGAGAAGUUACAAUGGGAGCUGCAGCAAAGAGAGCACGAAGAGGACAUGAGGGCUCGUCUUAGACGCAGUGAAUCCAUAGAGAAAGCAGCUGAGGCAGCAGCGUUAGUGUCGCAGCGCUCCAUGAACCCCAGGGAGUUCUUCAGACAACUGUCAUCAUCAUCAUCACAGAGCCCCACCAGUCCUGGAUCUUCCCGCAGUGGAAAACCAUUUAGGCGAUACCAGCGCAGUCUGACAGAUACAGCUUUCAUCUUCUCAAAAGCAGAAGAAAGCGCAGCAUCUUCUCCAUACACUUCUCCGUUGGUCUCCCCCUUUUCGAGAGCUCCUCACUCUCCAGUUUUCCGGGCUGUGUCACCCCCAAGAAGCCCAGAUUUUUAUCCGGUCACCUCCCCGCAAAAGCCCAGAGCUCCCCUGUCUCCACCCACCUCACCCAUUCGGCCUGCCCCCCCAGCUUCAGCUCUGCCCAGUAUUCCACGGAGUACCAACCAGUUUCAGGCCACAGCUGAGCCCGAGGCUUCAGAACCGACAGAACCGUCUGCUCCUCCUGCUUCCCCAAGUCUCUUAGAUUCUUUGCCUCCAACUGUAAUAGAUGAAAACAUCUCUCAGCUGCUUUCAGAGGCAGAGCAGCAACCUUUGAACUUUGAGCUGUCACAGUUUUUAACAAACCGUCCUGAUCUGAACCCAGCAGAAUUCAACACACCAAGUCUCGGAAACACCAAGCUGGUCUCAGACGCUGGCUUCAAAGUACAAGCUGUGCUGGUGGAAGCAGAUGAGGAAGAGGAACUACAGGAAGGAGAUGAAGCUGAAACACAACCAGAGGUGGACUCUGUCACUGCUGAACCAGAAGUGAUUGAGACAAAGGAGGUAGAUAAAGACGAGAUGCAAGAGGUGAAGGAAGAUGAGGAGGAGGAGCAAAACGAGUUGGUCAAGGAGGAAGAGCACGAAGAAGAGGGUAAGGGCAGAGAACCCGAGGAAGAGAAGGAAGAGAAGUACGAGGAGGAGGAUAACAAGGAACUGGAGGAGGACGAAGAGGAGGUGCCGGUGGGAUCAUCACUGCCAGAACCGGCAGCGAUGCCACAAGUUGAAGAGGAGGCAGAGGAAGCUGAAGAAGAGAACAAUUAUUCAGGGUACAGCCAGACUCUUGCUGAGCCUGCUGAGUUUUCUGAGGAAGAGGAGGAGUCAGUACGCACAGAUUGUUCCUAUGUUGUCAUCAAAGAUCCUGAACCAGCUUGUCAAGACAUCAAGCAUGAGACCCUACUUCCAUCAACCAAUGGGAUGACAAACGGUGAUGCCACAGAGGAACAAAAUGGAACAGUGAGGUCCUUGAGUCCAACAGACACAGACGGCAGCACCUCUGAGUCUCCUGUCUGCUACAGAGUUAACACAACCAUAGAAGACGGAGACAUCAUUGAGGAUAAAGAGCAUCAGAUCUCUGAAAAUGGACAAGAGGAUUUAGCCGACCGACAUAUGUGCGUCCGAGCUCUGUAUGACUACCAGGCAGAGGACGAAUCCGAGAUCUCCUUUGAACCCGGUGACAUCAUCAGGGACGUGGAGACAGUGGACAAAGCCUGGUGGAGGGGGUGGAGCAAAGACGGCCGUCAGGGUUUAUUCCCCGCUAAUUACGUGGAAACCAUAUAGGCAGACAGGCACACUAUACACCUAUAUACACACUUUCACACACACGCACACAUACACUCAGGGACACCUUCUCUUCUCUUGUUUCUGCAUGUUUUUCACCUUAAUCCUCCCACUAAAACUUUAUGCUCUCUUUUCUGUAGGAAGAAUAAAGAAACAUGAGACUCCUUGUUCUGAAGAAAGCAUAAAGAAAAGUGUAACUCUUUAUUUUGAUGUUUUUUUUGGGGGGAGCACAACAUAGUAUGCAGAAAUUACCUACCCUUAUUUUGUAUGGAUGAAACGGUAAAGACCUUUCCCUGGACCAAAAUAACUUAUUUUCUUUUGAGGAGCAGUGGAAAUGUAAGUCAGGGAGAGAAAUAAGGGGGCGCAGAUGAUGGGAAACUUGGUUUGCUUCUUAGUAACACAAACAUGUUUUAACUGCAGUGCUUCUUUUUGAUCCCCACAUAUAACAAGCAUACCUAUGCUCACCAUUCGUAUCCAUACACCAGGUAUCAUCUUUGUAAUCAUCAUCCUGUGUCUCUUCCAUUAUUUUGGAGCUCUGCAUUUGCUACUGAUGUUCUCACAUGAUCACAGGUUAAUUUACCAUCAGCAGAAAAUGAUGUUGAACAUCAUCAAUGAUUCUCUCCUUUUCAGUUCUUAGGUCAUAUGUUUCUAAGUCCUUUGCUUAUUUUAAUGAUAUCUCUUUUUGUAUGUACUCCUAACUUUCAAAUAUACAGACUUUAUGCACUUAAACUACUUCAAAAAUGUUUGUUUGUUUUUAUUAUUAUAUGUAAUGCUUUCUUAAAAAAAAAACAACAACAACAAAUUCCAUCUGCCCUUGAUCUCAUCCUUUUGCAUAAAUUCAUAAAAUUUGUUAUAUUUUAUAUUCUAUUAUGGUCAUUUUAAGCAUCAACACAGUCUGUACUUCUUUACAUGAAUAAGAAAAAGAACAUAUUUUUUCUAGUGUUACAACAAAUGCCAUGUCUGGUAUUUGGUAUUUAGCAUUAAGUUUCAUAAAAUCAACUGCAACAUAAAUACUUGGAUAAAUAAUUUACUUUGGAAUUUAAUAUGAGCUGAAUUACAAACUUCACCAAACCAAAGAAGCAUCAAAACAAACUCUUUUGCUAGAAACAGGAUAAAUAAGAAUGCCUUAAUAACAUUGUAUAAUUAAUACAUGUCUAAUUUACUGCAGACAUUUGAUAUUUUUCUUCAAGUGUUAUAUUGCAGAAAUACUGUAUGUAAUGUUUAUCAAUAAAUAUGAACACAUCAAUUAAACUUCUGUCACACUUUUCUA